AUGAUAAUAGAAAGUCAUCAAAGUCAUACACAUCUCCUUCAUUCUAUUGAACAUCGACCACGUCGUCGUUAUCAUACAUUAGAUAAUGCAACAUUAGAUCAAUUCAAUUUUAUUUGUGUACCAUUACACCCUGAAGAGGCACGAAUUAAUUUAUCAUCAUCAUAUUCUAAUUUAAAUAAAACAUCUACCAAUGAUAUUUCAAUAUCGAAACCAACAGGAUUAUCGUCUCCUACACGUCGUGUUCAUUUCAAAUUUAAUGAAAAGGAUAAAAACAGGAGUAUGAAUAAUCAACAUGUGCGAUCAUCGGAUGAUGUUCGAUUUCCAAAAAAUUGCUCAACUCAUCGUGUUGAAUUUCGAAUUCCUAUUCAUAAAGAUAUCAAUCCAUGGUUAAAUAUUGGUUGUUUAUCUACACCAACUAAAGCACGCACAAUAACGUCAAAAAAAAUUGAUAUAAACUACUUUAGUAAUGAUAAUACUAACAAUAAGAUAUAUCCACAUGAUAGAGUAUUAUUGAUCAAUUCUCCGACGCAUGAUCGUAUCAUAGAAAAUAAGUUUGAUUUUCAUCUACUGUUAAUGGAUCAGACAAAAACACUGAAUCCUAAUGCUGGUUGUCGCUGUCAUCAGUUGCCAACUAUCGAUUCUGAAAAGGAACAAACAAAUUGGUACAAAGAAAUGUAUUGUAAAAUACAUAAAAUACCUGAAAAUCCGAAAGAUGUCAUUCUUGUCAAGUUACCUUCUACACUUUCUCGAUAUCGAGAAUACAAUCAGCAAAGAGACAAACAAUCUAAUCCAUAUAAGCCUACAUAUACAUUCCCGGCAGAAUUCGACGGUAAUUUUGAACGUAUGGAAAAUUAUAUGCGAACAGCUGCUUCGCAAAAUAUUGAUGAUGAAUAUAAAAAUAUCUCUUCUUCAUCAUCGGCAAGAAAACCUACGGCAAGUGUUACUGAUCAUACAACAAUAACAAAGCGAAAUAGACAACAAAUAAUACGUUUUGAUGAUCAAUUAUCAUCACCAACAACUACUGUUUCAUUCAAUGACCGAGUUAAAUCAAAUAAUGAUACUUCGGCAUCAUCCACAAUGGCUAGUUCAAGAACGAAUACUAACUAUAAUCAAACACCUUCCUCAACAGCAGAUGAUGAACAAAAAUCAAUCUAUAAACGUAUAUUAUGUGGUGGAGAGAUUCCAUCAGCUGGUUUACAAAAACUUUCUACUAGCAACCGAGUUCCAUCUAGUUCGAUAAACCAUCCUCUCAUCCCUGAUAAUCAUUCUAAAUUAUUAACAAAAUUAUUCGCUUAUUAUUCACUUCAUUGGGAACAAAAGCAAACGAAUCGUUCAAAUAAUAAUAUAACCGAUAGUGAUAUGCGUUUUGAAAUAAAUUCAUGCUUAUAUUUUCAAAAUACGAAUAAUAACGAAGAUAGUGACGAUGAAUCGGAACAAAUACGCGAAGAUGGUUGUGGAUAUGUCAUAACUUAUCGUCCUCGUAUUCAUCCAACACAUAAUCUGCAAAUAUAUGAUUUUAAUUAUACAAAGAAUUUUGUUAUAACACCGAAUGAUGUUUAUUCGAAUAGUAAGACAGAUUAUUUUUAUUUUUAUUGA